UUCUGGAGGUUCAAAAUGACUUUGCUGAGAUUCAUCCUAAUUCAGAUCCUCUUAGCGUACUCUUCCCAGAAGGCAGUGCAAACAUGUGAAGAGCCCCCUGAUGUUGAUUUUGGUGACAUCAUAAGCGGGGGAAAAUCAGAAUAUGUGGAAAGCGACAGAGUGCAGUACCACUGCAACCCUGGGUACAUGCUGGCUGGAUCUGAGUGGAUAUCAUGUAAUGGAAGCUGGACUCCACCUCCAAAAUGUUUAGCCCCUUGUACUAUCACAAAGGAGCAGCUGGAAGACAAAAAUAUCUUUUUAGACAGUAAUAGAAGACGUACAAUUCUAAUUCCAAGUGCUCAGACUAUAGAGUUUUCCUGCAGCAAUGGCUAUAAACUUACCACUCCUUCUGUCAGGACAUGUGUUGAUGGGUACAUACACUUUCCAUUGUGUAUAUCAGAAACGGGAAAGAAAUGUGGACGUCCACCUACUAUUGCUAAUGGUGAUAUAACCACUUUUGCCCUAAAAGAGUAUGCUUCUGGCUUCUCUGUGGAAUACAAAUGCCAACGUUUUUACACACUGACAGGACAAAAUGCAUCUUUCUGUAACAAUGGAAACUGGACCAAACCACCAGUUUGUUUGGAGCCGUGUGCUGUCAGCAUCACAGAAAUGCAAAGCCGUGGUGUGGAGCUGAGUGGGAGUUCUAAAGGAAAAGAAUACAUUUGCCAUGGUGAACUUGUUGAGUUUAAGUGUCAGUUGGGGUAUGCACUUCCUGCACUGUCAUCUACUUCUAAUUUUACUGUGCGGUGUCAUUCAGGCCAAAUUUCUUAUCCCCAGUGCAAUAAAGAUUUGUUGAAGUGUGAUUCCCCACCAUAUAUAGAAAAUGGAGUCCUCAGUUCUGACCUCUUGUUAGAGUGUGAAGCGGGCUCUACAGUGGAGUACAAAUGCCGACGUUUCUGUACAAUGAAGGGAUCCAAAAUAGUGACAUGUCACUUGAGAAAAUGGAGAGAUCUCCCCACAUGCUUAGGUAAAUAA